UCGGCCCGUCGCUAGUAGAGUUGGUACUAUCUCCACGGACGGAGCUUGCGGUUCGUCGGUUCGCUAGAUGUUGAUGCGUUGUUGAGCUGUUGUUUCUUUCGGUCGUCGUCGUCGUAUCGCGGUCUUGCCGUACGCGCUUCGGGCGUAAUCUGUGUCAGCGGUGUAAUUCGCGGAUAUUUAUGGGUGUUUUCCGACGGAUCUUCGAUCGAAGGGAUUACGCGAAAGUUUCUGUAGUGCAGUGAUGUAGUGUACACCCGCUACGCGGUAUAUUCUUGUAGAGUUGAUUGGAAGAAGCCUUCGCGUUCAACCUCCAAGGAGGGUCAAGAAAGAGCAAGAGAGAGUUAGGGAGUUGUGGGAGAGCCGCCGCCGCGCACGACACACACAGGUGAGAGUGAACGGGAGAGCUGCACACAGCAGAGGUCCAGCAGGAAGAUUCCGGAAUCGCGGGCAGGCUGGAAGAAGCAGUGCUGUGUGUGCUUCAUGUUUUCGUCGUUUGUGGUUGUGCACUUGGACGGGGUCAAUCCCGAGAAGAAAGCCUACAAGUGUGCCAAUCCUGUAGAGUGAUUCGUUGUUCAUACGGCUCCCUCCAAGAUCUGCCAUAGCUGUCAAAAGGUGAUUCGCGGUGGAGGUCGCGCAAUGUUAUUGUUUUGAUUUCGUCGUGUGUGGGUGGUGUUGUUCAGCUGUGUGCCGUAUCGAAUUAACCCUGGAGUUCAACCGAAGCUCACGGUGCCGUAACGCAAAUUGUGUGCGAUAAUAGUUUAUGAAAAAUUCAACAAAUCAAGUUGGUGGCGUCAAGUCGUUCGGAAAGUGAAAUGAAAGUCCGAAAGUGAUUCAACUUGGCUGAAGAUCAAAUCGCAGAAAAUCCGUACGAAGAAGCUUUGUGUUGCUGUGUUCAAGUGAUGUUGUUCCAGCGUUGUGUGUGCUCAGGUGUACAAAGCCCACCUUCCUUACUUCAUCACAUCUCCGCGCAUAAGGCUGUGAGCGUGUGAUGCUGAGGCUAACGAGCAAAAAGGGAAUCAUUACAACAACAACAACGUAACACCGACAAGUGAAACUCUCUGAACAGGUCGUCCCGGAUCUUGGCCGCAACACACCUCGUCAAGAUGAACAACAACACGUCCCGCUCGCAUCUGCAGUCGCUGUUCAACAACUCGCUGGCGAUCCGCCAGGAGAUUCAGCGCUUCGAGAGCGUCCACCCGUCGAUCUACGCGAUCUAUCAUCUGAUCGACCUGCUGGACGACAGCCAGGUGGCGUCGCAGAUACGCGACCAUGUCGUGUGCAUUGAAGAUUCCUUCGUCAACAGCCAGGAGUGGACGAUCUCACGGUCCGUGCCGGACAUUCGGCUCGGCAUCGUUGGCAGCCUCAGCUCGGGCAAGUCGGCGCUGGUCCACCGGUACCUCACGGGGUCCUACAUGCAGGAGGAGUCCCCGGAGGGCGGCCGCUUCAAGAAGGAGAUCCAAAUCGACAACCAGAGCUACCUGCUGCUGAUCCGGGACGAGGGCGGACCGCCGGAAAUGCAGUUCGCCGCCUGGGUCGACGCCGUCAUCUUCGUGUUCAGCCUGGAGAACGAGUCCAGCUUCAACGCCGUCUACACCUACUAUACCAAAAUGUCCCACUUCCGGAACAGUGCGGAGAUUCCGAUCAUCCUGGUCGGGACGCAAGACGCCAUCAGCGAACGAUCACCUCGGGUCAUCGACGAUUCCCGGGCGCGCAAGCUGGCCCAAGAUCUGAAACGGUGCACCUACUACGAAACGUGUGCCACCUACGGGCUGAACGUGGAACGGGUGUUCCAGGACGCUUGCCAGAAGAUUGUCCAGCAGCGUCUGUCGACGGGUUCGGCCAUCACACCGACCAAUUCACGGCCAACGACGCCGCAGGGCACCCGACUUGGGGUGGCCAGUUUCCACGCGACCUCCGUUCCUAGCCCGACCAACGGGUUCUCCGGCUCGUCGAGUCCGGCCAGCGGUCUCACCAUGAGCAGUUCCUCGCCAAGUCACCAGCAGCAGCAGCAGCAACAGUCUGGACAGAAUCAGGGUAACAUGACACUACCGCAUCGACACCACGCUCUUUCGGCCUCGAGCCACCACAUUCCGAUCAAGAUCAGCCAGGAGAUGCUGGCGAGUGAGAGUCAUCUGAUUGGACAGCGGGAUUCGCAUCCGCCGGCCAAGUGGGGAACCAUUUCGCACGGGACCUCCCAGCAGGCAUUGUUGGCGUUGACCAACGAGAACAACAACAUCGCCAAGUUUGUUCCGCCGACGCAUCCGGUGUCGAGCGAUGGGCUCCAACCGCUGGGGUUGAUAUCGGGAAAGGACUCGGGAGGGAGUAGCGGAGGGGGGAAGGACAAGGAGCUGCCGACUCCAACGUCUACGCCGACGACGUCGCGGAAGAGCCGACGAAGAUCGAAUCUGUUCAUUCCUUCCUCGUCGAAGAAGGAACAACAGGAUAAAAUCAAGAACGGAGAGCUGGGAAGUGGCCGGGCCAUUCCCAUCAAGCAGGGAUACUUGUACAAACGGAGCAGCAAAUCGCUGAACAAGGAGUGGAAGAAGAAGUACGUGACGCUGUGCGACGAUGGGCGGUUGACGUACCAUCCGUCGUUGCACGACUACAUGGACGACGUCCACGGGAAGGAGGUCUCGCUGCAGUACGUCACGGUUAAGGUCCCCGGUCAGAAACCUCGAGGCUCCAAGUCGAUCAUCACCAACAGUGCGCUGACCGGUGCGAACCUGGCGGCCGGUAUGAACGGCAAAUCUACGAGUAGCAACGGGUUGACCGAAGGCAUCGGUGGUCUGUCCCUUGCCAAGGAUCGCAAGAUCACCGAGAAGGUCCUGCUGACGGCCUUCGACACCCUGCGGGAACCCGUCAAGUCCAACUCGCAGACCAGCGGCGACGAGGGCAUCGUCAUCAGCAACAGCAACUCGCAGAGCUUCAUCGGCUCGGACGGCAACUCCAGCAAGCUGGACGCCCAAACGCCGAACGUCAAGAAGCGACACCGCCGGAUGAAGAGCAGUGGCGUGGGGAAGAACAACGAGUACGACGAUUCCGACGGGUUCGAGUUCUACAUCGUCUCGCUGGACAACAAGCAGUGGCACUUUGAGGCGUCCAACUCGGAGGAGCGCGAUGAGUGGGUGUCGGUGAUCGAGCAGGAGAUCUUCAAGUCGCUGCAGGGCAUCGAGUCAAGCAAGUCUAAGCCGCUGAACCCCAGCGACAUUGCCUCGAUGCAGUCGAUCCGGAGUCGGGUGCCGGGGAACGGGUACUGCGUGGACUGUGAUUCGCCGAAUCCCGAAUGGGCAAGCUUGAAUCUCGGAGUGCUAAUGUGUAUCGAAUGCUCGGGUGUGCACCGAAAUCUUGGCUCUCACAUCAGCAAAGUGAGGUCCCUCGGACUGGAUGAGUGGCCUCCCGGCCACCUCAGCGUGAUGCUCGCCAUCGGCAACAGCCUCGCCAACUCGGUCUGGGAGUCGAACACGCGCGGCCGGGUGAAACCGACGCCGGCGAGCUCGCGGGAGGAAAAGGAAGCCUGGAUCCGGCACAAGUACGAGGCGAAAGAGUUCCUGCCGGCGUUCAACGCGGCGCCCCCGAUCGGGCAGCAGCUGCGCGAGGCGGUGGUGCGGUCGGACAUGAAGGCGAUCAUCAUUCUGCUGGCGAACGCGUCGAACGAGCACAUCAACUCGACCGUCAGCAAUCGGGACCUGCGGACGCCGCUGCACCUGGCGUGCGCCAUCGGCAACCUGGCCAUCUCGCAGCUGCUGAUUUGGCACCACGCCAACCUGAAGCACAUCGACCACGAGGGCCGGUCGUGUCUGACGUACGCGAAGGCGGCCAACUCGCUGGCCGCGGCCCGCCAAGCAAGCAAUACCCCGCACCACGUGAACGUCGAGACGACGGCGGCGCUCGUCGACCUGCUGGCCAGCCUCGGCUGCACCGACCCGGCGCCGUUCACCGCCAGCGGAACGCUCCCGCGGCGGCGGGAAACCAUCGACCAGGGCACGUUCGAGAAGUUUUCGUCGAAUAUUAUUUAGGGAGAUGAUCUUUAGGAAAGAGAAACCUAGUUUUAAAUUAUAUUCGAUAUAUAUUAUACGUUCAAAACCAAUGUGAUCCCUCUAUUUAAAAAAUAUUCAUCAGAGAAGGAGAAAUUAGUAGACAGAUGAGCGUAGAACUUUUUUUUUUUUUGGUUUUAUUUAUCCUCGAACGAUAGUUUCAUUUAUUCGAAAGCAAACACGGUAGAAAAGAUCUAGUUAAUUAUUGUUUAAGUUGUGACAGGCUAAACCUAACGAUAGAAGGAAAAACGGAACCUCGUGUAAGAUAUUUGGAUUGGAACGUUUAAAUUUUGUUUUUAUGUAUAGUUCUUUUGUAUUUUAUUGUGCUAAUUUUAUGCUUCGAUCCCGUGUAAAUAUCCUGUAAGCAAAAAAACACUGUAAAUUUAACUGUUCCCGCCCAACUCGGUUACGCAAACUAUAUUCGCUCUCGUUUAAACUAUUUGUAUAAUUUUAGAAGAAAAUCGCACCGUCUACUUAAACGGAAGAAUCACCACACAGUACACAGUUGAUUUUAAUCACCACAUUCUUUCGUUCUUUAUUAUUCUUAUAGUUUCAAUUCACUGUUACAUUACCUCUUUGUUGUACAAUUCCCUCUUUAUUACAGAAUCUAACCUUAAUCGAAUAUUUCACCAACCCUCCCCACUGACUGUUUUCCAUUCGUUCCAUUAGUUCUGUAGAAGCUCAUUUCUUGUGUCAUCCCCAAGUCCCCCCAAAGAAUGCCAAAUUGUAGCGUGCAGCACUUAACAAAGUUACACUCACAAAACAAACUACAAACCUGCUUGAGAAUCUAACCAACAAACAAAUUACGUUUAGCAAAUUAUAACAACAUAGCAAAAGCAAAACAAAAACUGCACCAUAUUAAACAACAAAAACAAAACAAAAGUUCUAGCGCGUUGAAAGCAAAUAAAAUUUACCAAAACAAGCAAACAUAUUCUUAUCAAACACCGCAGAUCCCGUAGAAGUGAUUGAACUGAUUGCUAAACUGUGAAGAAGGAAAACCCCCCGUAGAUGAGGCGAAACUUUCGGACUAACCACAAACAAGCAAGUGAAACAAUGAUAGACAAAACAAACAAAUACAGUUGUUAGAAGAAAAAACACAAACACACGAUUAUAUUGUACUCUCCCUCACACAAAGUUAGAAAACCGCGCUGAGCACACUUUCCUUAAAUCUUCUUGAAAACAGAAACAAACACUCACAACCCUACAAAAACUCUGUACCACUACGAUAGGCAAUAGGAUAGUGUAGAGAACAAACAGAAGAAAACAGACAAACAAAACAGGCGGAAAAAACAAAAGAAAACAACUAAUCUAAAGAAUAUGCGAUGGCUGAUGAAAUAAAACAAAAUUAUUC